GUAACGCUGCAGAAUCACACCCACUAUUUUAAAACGGACCUUACACCGGACGAACUCUUAGAAUUGAUUGGAGAAAAUGAAUCUUGUGCCAGUAAAUACCUUAAACACAUUGCGUUUUAUGAGGGGCUGGAGAUUGAAAAAAAGUUCCUUCCCUACGACCCUGAUCUUCGUCCAACACGCGACACGGAAUUGCAGACGGACAAAGCCUAUUUUAGGGCUGCCAAACUCCGAGCCAGAAGGUUGAGAAAAGCCCUGAAACUAAACGACCCUGUCGCAGAUGAUGCAUGGGAGUUUUUAAAUGACGGCAGCAAGUACGGCAGUUCAACUGCCGGACUAGACGUUAAUGUGGCCCCCGUUCACAUAGCUGGCUACUCCGGAUCUGGGGUCAAACUGAUUAUUAUUGACGACGCUCUGGAUAGUGAACAUGAUGAGAUAAAGCCCAACAUGGACCUGAAUCUGACAGAUGACGUUGUUAACACCACUCGUAGAGGUCCACGAGGAACGGACGGAAGAAUCUCUGAAACCGACAAGUAA